ACAUUCGAUUGCAUUUGUUUUUGUUGAUAUUGUUGAUGUUAUUGUUGUUCAAUAUUUCGUUCCCUCCAAUUUGGGGAGGUUUUGUUUUGGAAUGAUAUCUCCAGAAUCGUUCAAAUUCUAAACUCGUGUUUAUUUAGUUAUUUUCUGGAGUUCAUUUGUCUUGUGUUUUAACUGUAGGGAUGAUCGCCAUAGCCAAAAGUGCUGUCAAUUCAUUUGUGACUGACAGCAAUGAAGCCUUGGAGCUCAAAUUAGUUCGUGAUGUUUCGGACCUGGAAAAUGAAACUACAACUUUUAAACCAGAAAUGUCACAUCAAAUUUUUGGGGAAAGUGAGAGCAUAUUUGGAUACAGAGAUCUGAAAAUCAAGCUUUACUACACUGCUGCCAAGCUGACAACCUAUCUUGGCAUAUCAUAUUCCGAAGUUGUAGAUCCAAAGAAAUGUGAGGGCAUAGAGCCAGAUGAUGUGGGGAAACUCAUCGCAGAAAAGUUGCAACCAGGGUUCCACACAAAUUUGGAUGACUUCUGCAACGACUUGGCCAAGGAUGUUAACUUCACACCUUUCGGGCAGUUGGAACGUUCGUUCAAGACCAAAGGCAAUGAAAACAGCCCACCAAAGUGCUACGAAGUGUAUUUCUGUGAUAUUACAAACCCAGGCUUUGCAAGUUUUCAUGAGCGAUUGCAGACGUUCAUACUGUGGUACAUUGAUGCUGCCAGCUUCAUUGAUGUCGAUGAUGAAAAUUGGAGAUUUUUUGUGAUGUACGAGAAGUACCUCCAAGGCGGCUCCGCGAGGCACGCCGUGGUGGGCUACAUGUCCUUGUACCAGUACUUCGCGUACCCGCUGAACAUCCGGCCGCGGAUCAGCCAGAUGCUGGUGCUGCCGCCCUUCCAGGGCCGCGGCCUGGGGACGGAGCUCCUUCGCACCGUGUACCAGCACUACGUCGCGGAGCCCAGCGUCCUGGACAUCACGGUGGAGGACCCGUCAGAGAGGUUCCAGCGCCUGCGAGACUUUGUGGACGUGGCCAACUGCAGCAUGCUCGAUGCCUUCCGCCCGGAAGAACUGCACGCGGGCUUCAAGAGCUCCAUGGUGGAGGAAGCCCGUAGGAGAUUCAGAAUCAACAAGAAACAGUGCCGCCGUGUGUACGAGAUCCUCAGGUUGAAGCACACCAACAUUCAGGAUGCCAGACAGUACCAGUCGUACAGGCUGGCUGUCAAACAGAGGCUGAAUGUGCCGUACAAGAAGGAGAUGCUGGACCGACAGAAGCUGAAGAAGCUGCUGGACGACUUUGAGUACGAGGCGACAGUGACCUUCUCGUCGGCGGCCCAGAGGAUGGAGCACUUGGAGCAGCAGUACCGGGAGGUGGAGGCAGAGUACCGCCACGUGCUUGAUCGGCUGGAGGACCGCGGCUGAUGCCCGCCCGUUCGCUCCCCCUCCCCCGAGUGCAACAGGGGCUCACCGAGCUCGAGAACAAUGCUGGGUCGCAGUCGUUGUGCCAGUGGAGGGAUUGGGCAGUUCUCGCGGCUAACUGUGCAACUGGGGCAUGAACCCCACCUUCUGAAGCAAAGCGUUUAUCUCGUAGUUGCGCGGACGGACACUUCCUUGUCUGUACUGUGUUCACGUGUGGGAGUUUGUUUUGUAACAACCUAGAACUGUCGAAAUUGAGUAACAUUUAUAUACUAUGUACUGAUAUACCGUAUUGUGUAACAUGUGUCCUUGAAAUAAAUAAUAAUUAAAGAGC